AUGGGGGCCGCUGCUGUCUUCGCCGCCCUGCCGGCUGCCUUCUGGCGGGUGGCGCUCAGCGUUGUAGGCUGCACUGUAGGCCUCGGCCUGGCCGCCGUCCCUGCGCGACCAGCACCGCGUCGGACAGACGGUGCCGGCCGCGUUCUCUCAGUCCCAGCCUGGCAGUGGCAGAUCCAGAGCCUAAUCUCGGGAGGGGCACUUGUAGAUUAUUUAAAUAAAUAAUCCAGGCACAAUAACCACUACAGCUCAGUGUAGUAGUUAUGGUGCCAGUAGUGCCAGGAUCCCACCGUAGUCUAAGUAGUCAUAGCGUUUAAGAACAGUUUGACAACUUACCUGGGGUCUGCUGGGGUAUAGGGCAUAGGAGCAGUGGUGUGUGUUAGGGGUGAAGUGUGUGAGCGAUGAAGUGUGUGUGUGUGAGUGGGGCAGUGUAUGUCAGGGUUGCAGUGUGUGUGUGUUAGGGGGCAGUGUAUGUGUGGGGCAAUGUGUGUGUGUGUGUGAGGGUGGCAGUGUGUGUAUGGGGGCACUGUAUGUGUUUUUGGGGCAGUGUGUGUAUGGGGGGCAAUGUAUGUCUGUGUGGGGCAGUGUGUGUAUGGGGAGCACUGUAUGUAUGGGGGGCAGUGUGUAUGGGGCAGUGUAUUGUAUGGGGGCAGUGUGUGUAGGAGGGCACUGUAUGUGUCUAUGUGUGCAGUGUGUGUAUGGGGGGCAGUGUUUGUCGGGCAGUGAGUGUAUGGGUGUGCAGUGUGUGAAUGGGGACAGUGUUUGUGGUGUAGUGUGUGUGUGUAUGGGGGCAGUGUGUGUAUGGGGGGCAGUGUUUGUGGGGCAGUGUGCGUAGUAUGUGUAUGGGGGCAGUGUUUGUGGGGAUGUGUGUGUGGUGUGUGUAUGGGGCAGUGUUUGUGAGGCAGUGUGUGUAUGGGGGGCAGUGUGUGUAGUGUGUGUGUAUGGGGGCAGUGUGUGUAGUGUGUGUAUGGGGGCAGUGUUUGUGAGGCAGUGUGUGGGGGCAGUAUGUGUAGUGUGUCUAUGGGGGGCAGUGUUUGUGGGGCAGUGUGUGUAGUGUGUGUGUGUGGGUGCAGUGUGUUUAGUGUGUGUAUGGGGGCAGUGUGUGUAGUGUGUCUAUGGGGGCAGUGAUUGUGGGGCACUGUGUGUAUGGGGGGGAGGAGGAGGGUAGGGAGGCUUUUUAAUUUUUUUCUGUUUAAUAAAAUAAAUAUACUUUAUGUCCCUCCUCCCUUCUUACCUUUACUGGGAGGAGGGGGGAUAUUUCUGAAUCCCUGGUGGUCCCAGUGGUUAGAGUUCACUCUCGCGAGAUUUGGAGCGUUGCCGUGGUAACUGCAGCAAUGCUCCGUGCUCGCGAGAGGAGGACCAGGAGGAGCUGCAGGCUGAGCUCCCGGGUCCUCUCUUCUCCCGGUCUGCUGGCACAUUGCAGGGCUAGCCUGCAGGGGUGAAUCUCGGGGGGUGGGGGGCAAUUGCCCCGUUGCCCCCUCCCCCCCUGGAACCGCCACUGAUACCAGGCAUCUGGGUAUAAAAAAAAACUUUAGACAAUCAUUUUGGCCUCCAUAGAAUUUUUUUUAGCGACCAUGGAAACCAAUAGAAUAUAGCUGGAUAUCCCAAUUCUUAAUUUUCCCAGAAUUAAUUCUUAUCUGGAUCUUGUCCAAUAAGUAGGUUACACAACGUAAGUAAUAUUAAAUCACUUAAUCUAUAUUAUUUUUUCCCCCAAGGUCAUUUUUUCAAUCCCUCUGUUUACACAUCACUUUGCACACAGCAGUCCCAUUGAUCCAAUUCUCCCUUGAGAUAAAUGCUCUCCGAUAAUAUCUGUUUAUAAAAAUAUAUUCUUCUUGCAUGUUAUUUAUGGUUAUUUUAUGGUAGCCAUAAUGUACACUUUCUAAUAUUGUAAAGAUUUAUGGACCUUUCCAUUGCAAUGAAUUGUCAGGAAUGUAAAGUGCAUUCAUAGUGAAUUUCAAAUGUCAUACCACAAAUACUCCAGAUUGGUUAUAUUUUGACCUUAAAUUUGAAAUUCACUUUCAAUGCCCAACAGUUCACACUUUAGUGAAUAAUUUAAAUUUAAGAUAGGACCUUUUGACUGUGCCUUAAUUCAACCAAAAGAUGUUCACGAGACAAAGUAGGGACUACUUCUUCUCAGGGAAUUUGUCAAAUUUUGGAAAAAUUUGGAAUUUCCUCCAUUAUUUCACAUCGACUCUGGCAAGUCGGUUGAUUAGAACAGGCAUUAUUGUCCACCAUGUGUAAUAGAUGCCAAUAGUGCAUUAUUGUGAAUGCAUGAUUUUAUCUGUGGAAGAUUACACAGCCUCUUAGAUCCCGUUUUGUACUCUUGCGCAUGUUCGAGAGUACAGUAAUGGCAACAACUAUGAGCAGGUGAGGUUGCAAGGAGCUACAAACCAAUGGCAGUGAAGAAUUGUCACCUCAGCAAUAAUGGUGUUCUAUUUAGUCAUUCAAAAAGGUAGGCAACAAUUCAGCAUGCUAUGUGUCUUCAUCAAGCUUGAUAAAGAUAAUUAUUGUGUCGAAAUGUUGCCUGUCUCUUUCUUUUAAAACAGCAUUUAUUGAGUAAACACAAGUAUAAAGCCGUGAAUAAGGCAGAAAACUUCCCAAAUGAGAGUCACACUAACAAACGAUUUUAAUGAAACAUGAAUAUGUUAAACUUGCACGGCUCCAGUUUGCAUAUACUAAAACAUCAGAUUUGUAUGUACUGAAAUUCCAAACGUGGACUAUUAAGGGUCUCAGUGUCUGUCAAAAUGGGUAUUAUGGGAAGAAAUUACAGGGAUAAUGACUACCAUUCAUGCAAUAUGGGAUUCAAAAAUUUAAAUAAUGGGCAGAUCAUUAUAUAUUCACAAUUACAGUUAUGUAUGCUGCUUGUUUCCUACACAUUAUGCAUAGCUGUAUCGUGUUUUCAUUUGUCUUUUGCUCUCUCACUGCAGCCUAUAGGUGAUUUGUCAAAUCGCUUGUCUUCCAUUUCAUUGAAACGUAUAGCCCAGCGGUUCCCAAAAAUCCUGCUGCAUACAGACGCAGCCCAAGCGCUGGGGAAGGUGGAGGUGGAUGUACAAGAAUUGGGAGUGGAUUACUUGACCGUUGUGGGGCACAAGGUACUCAGAGGGUGUGAUGUGCUCUAAUGCUUAGUGAUAGACUGCACUACAUUCCGCUAAUGAUUAAUAAGCUUUAACAUGGAGACAUGAGUGUGUUGGUUUUAGUCUCCAAUUUAUCUCCAGGCUGGAGACGUGGUCUUAGUUUUAAUCUUGAAACUACUCAGUUUAUGCUCCUAGUUGAGUAAGAAGGGGGUGGUCUUCAAAUUCCCCAACAUGAUGAUAACCUUCAUAUUUUUAGUUUUUUUCCAAUGUGUUUUAUUUAAGCAUAUUUUUUCAUCAUUUGUAUAAAAACAGAAUACAAAGCAAAACAGAUGAUACAGAAGGAAAAAGGGGAAGGGGGGGGGGGGAUGGCAGCUUACUUAGGUCACAUCAUACAUUACAAUGUAGUAGAACAAACCGUGGUAUUACGUCAAUAUAGGAAAUACAGUUGACAGUUUGCACAAUAUGUUACAUAACGGUGAUGGAUAUACAUGAAAACAACCUGGUGACAUAUAUAGUGUGCUGGAAGACUUAACCCAGAGAGUAGGGGAGGGAAAACCCUAGGGGAGCUAAUGGCCGAUCUAUAGCUCCUGCUGAGGCUCUCCCUUCCUAUAGUCCACCCAACUCUGCCAUCGUGUUUUGUACCUACUUUGACUGUUGGUCAGCCGACUAGCCAUGUGCGUGAGUUGAGUCUAGCCUGCCUAGGAUUUCUGGCAACGUUGGUGUCAGAGGGGACUUCCAUCUAUGCGCAAUGGCAGUUUUGGUGGCCAUUAAAUAGUGAAUCGCGAAAAAGAUCAUUUCUACAGGGAGGGUAUCUGGGAAGAUAUGUAAUAGAAAGCAUUCUGGUGUCUGAGGUAUUUUUAAACCCAGAAUUUUAUGAAGAAGUGCAUGUAUAUCCCGCCACAGCGUGGUGAUGUGUGUGCAUGUCCAAAAUAUAUGGAAGAGGGACCCUUCGCAGUUGUGGCAUCUCCAACAUCGGUCGUCAGAUCCCGGAUAUAUAUGGGCCAAUUUAGUAGGGACUAGAUACCAGCGCAUCGUUAAUUUGCAGUAUGUUUCCCAUUGGUUGAGGCUAUAGGAAGCCUGUUUAGUUAAUCUUUGGGCGUGAUGCCACAUUUCUGUUGGGAAAUGCAUUCCUAGUUCUGAUUCCCAUUUAGACAUAUACGCUGGUUUAGAUAGCUUAUUGUGGAGCAAUAAUGUGUUGUAGCAUAGUGACAAUGCUUUAGUUUUUGGUAGUUUGCCCAUGCAUUUAUGGAUAAAUGGUGGUAGGUGAUCGGGUUCCCCCAAGCUAAUCCUGCAUUCCUGGAUAAUAUUUUUUAUUCUGAGGUAAGAGAAUAGUUCUCGCGGAGAGAUAUGGAAUUCCCUGAUUAAGUCUGGGAAGGGCUUGAUGCCAUCUGGGGACAAUAAGGAGCGGACUUGGGAGAUCCCCUGUUUAAGCCAAUUAUCUAAUUGAAUGUCUGACGUUCGGGCAGCCAGGGCCUGAAGUGGGGCUGCAAGGAGCAGGUCGUUGUUUUGUAGGAAUAGCGGUGUAGUUUGCUUCCAGUUUUGGAGGAGCGAGACCGUGGUGGGUAGCAAGGAUUUGGCUUUGGGGAGCCCAAAGGGACAGAGGAAUUGAGCCAUUGGGUGUGCAAGCGUUCUCCAACGCCAGCCAUACCGGGGGAGAAGGACGUUCAAGGAUCGUAAGGCCCUGGGCCAACAAUGACGCCUUGUAAUAAAGAGAUAUAUUAGGAACACCUAGCCCCCCUUUUGUAAACGGGCGCCAGAGUGAUUUUUGCGCUAUCCUGGGGGGUUUCCGUUUCCAGAUAUGAGCAUUUAUCAUGGCCUGAAAGUUCUAAGAUUGGGUUUGGGAUUGUAAUGGGGAGGGUGCGGAAUAGGUAUAGGAUAUGUGGUAGAAUCAUCAUUUUUACAGUGUGGAUUCGUCCCAACCAAGAGAUCUCUUUCUCCUCCCAGGUUCUAAGAAGUUGUUCUAGUCUGUGGAUGAGUGGUAGGUGAUUUUCCUGCACUAUUGCUGAGUGCCUCGUUGGCAAUUUUAUACCCAAAUAGGAGAUGGAGGAGUUCCGCCAUUCAAAUGGGUACAGUGGUUUUAGGAGUGUUAGGGAGGUAUGUGACAGUCCUAUCGCCAUCGCUUGUGUCUUUUUGGCAUUGUUUUUAUAGAACGAUACCUUUCCGUAAUUACCCAGAAGGGUUAGCAAGUUCGGUAAAGACUUCUCUGGGCGUGUUAAAAAUAGAAGGACAUCAUCUGCGAAUAGGGCUAUUUUUUGGGUCCCUAUAGGGGUAGCUAGGCCUUCAAUUGUUUUGUCGUUUUUUAUGUGCCUAACUAAGGGUUCCAUGCAUAUUAUAAAGAUUAAUGGGGAGAGGGGGCAGCCCUGUCUGGAUCCAUUUGUUAUUUGAAAGGGUUGAGAUAGAAACCCGGAGUUAAAUAUUCUGGCUGCUGGAUUAGAGUAUAGGGCCAUGAUACCUUUCAAGAAGUCUGGUGGGAUGCCUACUGAAGUUAGAACAGCCCUCAAAUAAGUCCAAUUUAGGCGAUCGAACGCUUUUUCCGCGUCCAGGGCUAACAAUAUGCCACUUUGGUUAGUUUUUUGAGCCCAUGAAAUUAGGUUCAGAAAGUGUCGUGUAUUGUCCCACGGUUGUCUGUUCGGGACAAAACCUGCCUGCUCUGGAGAGACCAGAUCUUGCAGGAAGGGUUGGAGACGAUUGGCUAGCAAUUUGGCAAAGAGUUUUGUGUCUGCGUUCAGCAGAGAGAUGGGCCUCAGGUUGGCGCAUUCAGUGGGAGGUUUGCCAGGUUUGGGGAGUGUAACGAUAUGGGCUAGCAACAUCUCCUCCGGCAUAGUUCCUGAGUCCUUAAAGAAGUUAAAGAGCUCCUGUGUAAGGUUAUAUAGACCCUUAUAAAAAUUUGCCAAUUCGUUCUCUAUAUCUUGUGGGUUGAAUAGUUUUGACCCAGUGGCUGAAGUCAUAUAAGGAAGUUUGGAUUGUAUGUAUCGGGAUUUUAGCCGUUUUGCGAGCAAUUUGCCUGCCUUGUUCCCUUGCAUAUAGUAGGCGAGCUUCAACUUGCGGAGCUGCCGUUCCAUACCUAUCAGGGACAGUUCAAGUAGUCUUUCCCUUAGCUUUUCAAUUUUGUGGGAUAGCGUUUUAGUUGGUUUGAGUUUGUUAUCUUGGUCUAGUGUUUUAAGUUGAGAGAGCAGACUAUCUGACUCAGUGUAGGUUUUUCUUUUGUUUAUUGCGCCCGCCUGGAUUAAAAGGACUCUUAAUACGGCCUUGAGGACCAACCAUUUAGUGUCUAUGCGGGUGUGGUCAGAUUGGUGGGUUUGAAGAACGUAAGUAUGCUGGCCCGAAUUUUUGUGGCGGUGUUCUCGUUAUCUAUGAGGGAUUCGUUCAGGCGCCAAGCACUGCGCCCUCGUGAGGGGAACAAAGCCCUGAAUGUAGUAAUUACCGGCGCGUGAUCAGACCAUGUCCGGUCACCUAUUUGCGCCUCUAUUAUAUUGGGUACCGUGGAUUUAUCUACCCAGCACAUAUCUAUACGGGAGUAUGUGUGGUGUACUCGUGAGAAAUAGGUGUAGUUUUUUUUCUGUCGGAUAGAGAGUGCGCCACGAAUCAUAUAGAUCGUGUGUAUGAAGCAAUGUGCUGAGGGUAGCGCUCAUAGUGUUAGCGUGUUGAAGAGGGUGUUUACCUUCGAUGCGUUUAAUAUCUUAUUCGGGGUCUAACGUGCAGUUUAGAUCACUACAGAUAAUGGUGUGUCCCAUACGGAUGGUAGAGAUUUUAUUUAGCGCUCUUUUAAUGAAGGAAGUUUGGGAGUUGUUAGGGGCAUAUAUGGAUGCAAUCGUGAGUUGCAUUCCGUUCAGUGAGCCCACUACUAUGAGAAGCCUUCCUAGUUCGUCUACAUAGAUGUUAUCGAGAUGGAAAACCCAGUCAACGUGGAACAAUAUUGCCACCCCUUUUGUUUUGUUUGGAGCAAGGGCAUGGAAUACCUGUUGGUAUCUAGAUGAGUUUAAUUUGGGGGGGUUCCUUUUACACAUGUGUGUUUCCUGGAGGCAAAUAAUAGCAGCCUGAGAUUUAUGAAUGGUUUUAAUCACAGAGCUCCUUUUGAAUGGGCUAUUUAAGCCAUUAACGUUCAUAGAUAGGCAUUUGAAUUGGUACAUCAUCUUAAAGGGACAUAAAGCGGAGCCUAUUAGCUGAUGCAUACCACCUUUCAACGGCGGAUAUGGGUCCUAUGGUAAGCUGAGGAUCGGUGUAAAAUUGGGUAAGCUCAGGUGUCUGGUUAUAUCCUACACAGAUAUAAAUCAUUGCAGCUGCCGGAGAGACGGGAAGGGAAUUAACAUGGGAACCAAAAUCAACAAACAUAAGUAUAUACAGUAACUCUCUGAGUUGAGAGAAGAACAUUGGAUCCAGAGGGGAGCCUUGGAGCUCCAAGUACCUCGAAUGCCCUUUGGAGGGUCGUGCGGAGCAGGACCGCACCCGGGCCAGAUUCUCAAAGUAGGCAGGACUGGUAAGGGUAAAAACAUGGGGGAGUGUAUGCAUAGACCGCAAUCUCACCUGCGCCUUAUAUAGGCCGGUAAGGCGGUAUAGGGGGACAUGGGCAGCGGACUUGCGAUGUCGCGACUGGGGAUAUUAUGACAAAAAAAUUUUUUUCUUUCAAACUAAACAGUGAGUGCAAUUAUUUCUCGGGGCUUCAACCUCGGCCCACGGCAAGCGGCCCAUCAUCCAUGUAAUUAUGUGUCGUCCUAUAAGGAGGGGGGCAAGUGGGGGCCCUACCUGUGGGGUGCAAUGGGGUAUAAGUGAGGUGAGGUGGCUCUCGGGGGUGUCUGCAGCCUACCAAAGGAAAAAGCUAAUUAUUUAGCAGAUCAGUUAAGCGCAGGGAUGGUAUCCCACCUUACUAGUUGUUUACAAUAUAUGACAGUGAGACAUACAGUACCCCUCCGUAUCAUAUUUUUAGUUUUAAUGAUCUCUCUUCUGAUGAACUGUUAUAGUUUUUACUUGCCUCUUGAUACUUUCAGAAUAGAAAAAAUAAAUAAACUAAGUUGUAUGUUCUCUUGGAUACAUUUCCUUAUCUCUCACUAGUGGUACUCAAACUUCCAAAGCCAUGGUCCAUUAUAAUUCUGCAUUCAUACCAAAUUUAUUUCAUCAUUUAGAUAAAGAAUACAGUCCUCUGGUGACCAAAUGUCUUUGUUUAGCAAAAGAUGGCUAUUAAGCAUUCUGAGAAGAACCCUGGUCCCUGGUAUGACUCACAGCCCUGUAUGUAUCAAGUGCUACUCUGUAUUUUCGAUACACCAGAGUUGCCACUUACUAGUGUGCAAUACCAAGAACUCUCUUGUGAGAGAUACAGAUGCUGACGAGUGACUUGGGAUGCAGCAGAGUUGGCCCAAAAAGAAUAUAUAACACAUCUUUAGAAAGAUGGGCUACUUGGUAACUAUGAGUUAAAAUGCAUUGUGUUUAGCAAACUGUAAUCAUUCCAGAAACUGCAACCUUCGGCACUCCAGAUGUUGUGGGCUAUGUCUCCCAUGAUGCUUUGUUAGCAUUAUGACUGUUAGAGCAUUAUGGGAGAUGUAGUAUACAACAUCUGGAGUGCCAAAGGUUGCCUACCCCUGCUAUACACAAACUAAAUUCCCCACAUGUAAGGAAGAGACCCGUCAAGCAGGGAACAAGUAAACAUACAUUGUAAGUAAACAUAUACUUGGGUGAGUAGACCAAUCACCAGCCUCCUAGAGGAUCAAUGAGGCAGAUGUUGGUGGCACUGGGAAAUACACAACAAAGUGCAUUGUGUAACCAUCAUUUAUGUCUGCUUCUAUAGGUUCCAUGGGAUCUGGACAUUUAGGAAACCCCUAUGGAAAUACAUAAUACAGCAGGUUGUGUAAUAAAGAUCUAUGCUAGCUUUCCGUGGGGAGAUGAGAGUAAUGAUUCAAAUUGGUGCUUUGAAGAAUAGGAUGUUAACAUAGAAGUUAUAGAUCAGAGCAGGAGAUGGUUUGGUGGCCCUGGUCUCCUCAGCUGUAAGGGAAACACACUGUACGCGUGCUAUCAAUACAACAAUAGGUGCAGUUAAUAAUUACAGUCAAGCUUUUGUAAAGAGAGCGUUUGACCAAUAGGAGAUACUCUGCAAAGGAGAAACACUAUGUAUAUAUUUGACUGGAAGGAUAAUAAACAUUUCAAGAAAGCCGCGCGUUGUAUGUGCUGUAAUCUUAUUUCCAUCAUUUCAAUUGUCUAGUCUAAAAUUCCUGCAAAUCUGACAUAGCAUAAUACACUGCUCAAAAAAAUAAAGGGAACACAUAAAUAACACAUCCUAGAUCUGAAUGAAUUAAAUAUUCUUCUGAAAUACUUUGUUCUUUACAUUGUUGAAUGUGCUGACAACAAAAUCACACAAAAAUAAAAAAAUGGAAAUCAAAUUUUUCAACCCAUUGAGGUCUGGAUUUGGAGUCACAUUCAAAAUUAAAGUGGAAAAACACACUACAGGCUGAUCCGACUUUGAUGUAAUGUCCUUAAAACAAGUCAAAAUGAGGCUCAGUAGUGUGUGUGGCCUCCACGUGCCUGUGUGACCUCCCUACAACGCCUGUGCAUGCUCCUGGUGAGGUGGCGGAUGGUCUCCUGAGGGAUCUCCUCCCAGACCUGGACUAAAACAUCUGCCAACUCCUGGACAGUCUGUGGUGCAAUGUGACGUUGGUGGAUGGAGCGAGACAUGAUGUCACAGAUGUGCUCAACUGGAUUCAGGUCUGGGGAACAGGCGGGCCAGUCCAUAGCAUGAAUGCCUUCGUCUUGCAGGAACUGCUGACACACUCCAGCCAUAUGAGGUCUAGCAUUGUCUUGCAUUAGGAGGAACCCAGGGCCAACCGCACCAGCAUAUAGUCUCAACAAGGGGUCUGAGGAUCUCAUCUCGGUACCUAAUGGCAGUCAGGCUACCUCUGGCGAGUACAUGGAGGGCUGUGUGGCCCCCCCAAAGAAAUGCCACCCCACACCAUUAUUGACCCACUGCCAAACCAGUCAUGCUGGAGGAUGUUGCAGGCAGCAGAACGUUCUCCACGGCGUCUCCAGACUCUGUCACAUGUGCUCAGUGUGAACCUGCUUUCAUCUGUAAAGAGCACAGGGCGCCAGUGGUAAAUUUGCCAUUCUUGGUGUUCUCUGGCAAAUGCCAAACGUUCUGCAUGGUGUUGGGCUGUAAGCACAACCCCCACCUGUGGACGUCGGGCCCUCAUACCACCCUCGUGGAGUCUGUUUCUGACCGUUUGAGCAGACACAUGCAUAUUUGUGGCCUGCUGGAGUUAAUUUUGCAGGGCUCUGGCAGUGCUCCUCCUGUUCCUCCUUGCACAAAGGCGGAGGUAGCGUUCCUGCUGCUGGGUUGUGGCCCUCCUACGGCCUCCUCCACGUCUCCUGAUGUACUGGCCUGUCUCCUGGUAGCGCCUCCAUGCACUGGACACUACGCUGACAGACACAGCAAACCUUCUUGCCACAGUUUGCAUUGAUGUGCCCUCCUGGAUGAGCUGCACUACCUGAGCCACUUGUGUGGGUUGUAGACUCCGUCUCAUGCUACCACUAGAGUGAAAGCACGCCAGUAUUCAAAAGUGACCAAGACAUCAGCCAGGAAGCAUAGGAACUGAGAAGUGGUCUGUGGUCACCACCUGGUGAACCGCUCCUUUAUUGGGGGUGUCUUGCUAAUUGCCUAUAAUUUCCACCUGUUGUCUAUCCCAUUUGCACAACAGCAUGUGAAAUUGUCACUCAGUGUUGCUUCCUAAGUGGACAGUUUGAUUUCACAGAAGUGUGAUUGACUUGGAGUUACAUUGUGUUGUUUAAGUAUUCCCUUUAUUUUUUUUGAGCAGUGUAUGUUCUAACAAACCAUUUAUUAAAACCUAUAGAAGGAAACAUUCACACUAAAUAUGUACAGCUAAAGUAAAUUUAGUACAAAAUAGAUAUGUUCAUGUAUAGCUGCUUACCAGUCCACAGUGGACCCCUAAGUAAUAAUUUUUCUUCUUAUAAAUAGCUCUGAGAACAAAUUGUGAGCUUAGACUUAACCACAAAUAGUUGUCCCAUCAUGCAUUUCAUUGACCUCUCUCGCCUUUCUCAGAUGGAUGUGGCUAUCAGAAUACUUUAUCACUAUUUAUAUUGCUAAAUCCUGUAUAAGUGAGAUAUUUGCACUCACAGCUAAACAUGUGGCAAAAAUGACAAUGUAGAUAUACGUCCACUAAUGUGAAUUUAAAUGCACCAAUUUACACUGUUUCUGAUGUUUUUAUGCAGUUCUAUGGGCCGCGUAUUGGAGCACUAUACGUCAAUGGCAUUGGGCAAUUAAAUCCACUGCUUCCUAUUUUUUAUGGAGGAGGACAGGAACGCAACUUUCGACCAGGGUGAGAAUUGUUGUCUGCAUUUGAUUGGAAUUACCUUUUCAAUAUAUUUUACAGUAAUGCCUUAGAUGCACCUCACUCUUUCAUAGGGCUAAAACAUGAAGACAUGUAGUAGUGCUGUCUAAAAGCAUUUUGUAAAAUAAAGUAAAAAGUAACUUUGACUGUGGAGGAUGGCUUGCAGAUUAAUACGUUUUACUAAGUCUGACUUGUAUGUAAAAAUAAAUCUUUUUUAAAAAUAAAAAAUAACCAUAAGUCAAAUUAUUUCUAAAAGAAGGGAUAUGAUGGCAAGCAUUAACAAACCCUAAAAAGAAAAUUAAAAGUUGCUUCUCCUGACAAGUAAUGAUUGUCUAUUGUCCUAACCAUAAUUUUUGUGACUGUGUCCCUGUACUUUAAAUAAAGAAUGUCUAACAAAAAUACUGAUUGUAAGUGGUUGUGAAUAAAUGAUUCCAACAUGAUGUGGACAAAAUUCAUAUUAAAGGGGGACGGGGCCUGAACACUGAUCGGAUCAGAAAAUUGGAGCUAAUUCCAUGCUGCAAGCUGACACUAACCCAAACAGGUGAUCAUACUACCCACCAGACCUCAUAAGACCCCAUACGGCAUCGAAGUAAGACUGGGGGGCUUAUCCUGGUCCCCACGGGUGACCACCUCUGCACACAGCUGCGCUUAAGCACCCACCCGGGUGAGAAUCAUGUGAGGACCAUGCAGAGUGCAUGUAAGCUCAUACUACCACGCACGGCAAAGACCCCCAACAGCUUAUGGGACAAGUUAUCUGUUCACCUUGAGAUGCCAAAUGCACCGGCUGCGGAAAAUACGCAGAGAGAAGGAAGGUGGGAGACGAGCGGGACCCCCCUGGGCUCUCCUUCCAAAGCAACAUUGCAGCCUCUCAUUAUGGGCUCAUCAGGGCUGAAGACCACCAUGGAGAAAUUCCUAGAGCAUCGGCCAACGACGAGGAGCAUCCGAUGCCACAGGCGGCGAUUGUCCACUGGGGUCCAACGCUGUACCCUGCAAGGGAAGAACUCUGCCUCCUACGCAAGUAACCAAGUACGUGGUUCAUAGAUGCAGGCCUUCACGACAGCCCGAGGCUAUGGGGAGCACUUACUCAGACUCUGCCUCUUGUCGCCACGGCACCCCCUAAGCCUGUUACCAAGCCGGGCAUGGGCUGAUACGGGACUUUGCACCCAAAACACACAGCUGGCGAGGUCUACCACAAGCUGGAUUAUCCCCUUGAUGUCCACAUGCAUACAUCUAUAUCCCUGCGCAUGAUUUUGCUCACAGAGUGCUCCGAUAUCUGGGACUUGCUAACUUGAGUUUUGUACAUGCCCACAUGUUGAAGCAUAACGGUUUGAAUGAGGAUGGGCACUAAUAUUGGCAGCUUGCCAACUCAUGAGUUAUCUGUUAGCCGAAAUGGCACUCCCUACUGCAGAUACAUGCACUUGGCAUACACCUGGCAUCGAUAUACACCAGCUUCAACGCGCGCACACACGACACACUCACAGACAUGCCUGUAUUAGGGAACAAGGCCGAUCCAUGCCACAGGCAAGCACACACCAAGAGGGGGAACCCGUGAUAUCCCAAGCCUGUAUACCAUGAAGUAUAUGCAAUACUAACGCACCCACACAUAUCUAGCCUGGAACACUCCCUUCUUCACUUGUACCAGCAUCGUAGUACACUCAUGAACACACUGCAUGUACUAUCAUAUCUAAUGCCAAACUGUUCAGGAACAUCUAGUUUGACACAACGUGCACCACUAUAACAGUGUGGCUGCCUCGCAUAGGAGUGUCUUCUGCUUAAUGUUAUUGCAUAUGUCUCUUGUCUCUCUGAUCUAAGUGCUUUCAUAAUAUUCCUGUUUCUGUUAUUAUAAAAUUGUGCAUGUCUACUCUACUACCCCAAAUAUAAUGCUUGAUGCACCGUUUGAGGAUUGCCGUCAGGGUACCUCAAGCUUGUCUGUUAUACUCUUAUGCACUGCAAAAAUAAAAACUAAAAAAAAUUCAUAUGGAAAACUCUGUUUACAUAUUAAAUAGUAAUUUUGUCCAAAUACGGUCCAAUAUGGAGCUGUGCAAUAUCAGCUUGUGAGUUCUACCAGUGCUAAUUUUACAUUGAACUGUCAGUAAGUUAAUGGACUAUUUUAAGUAGUUCUAUAAAUGCAGGAGACAUAAACACGAAUAGUUAAUGUAUUUUAUUUAAAUAGCGCCAACAAAAUAAUUUAUUGUGCAUUAAGUGUGAUGUAGUAUCUUUGAUGAACUAUUCAUGUACAUCUUUGUGUUUCUCUCAUAGCACAGAGAAUACACCAAUGAUUGCUGGACUGGGGAAGGUGAGCCACAAAUAAUCCUGCAUGGGCUUUCCUGAUAAUCUACAACAUCAUUUAUUGAGUGCAACCACUGGCAUACGUGAAAACACAAUCCCACAGAAAAAGUCAGGAGUUGUAUACAAGCAGAAUAAUAUAUCACGCAUUUGUUCCUGUUUGGUAACCAAAAUAGAGGUGGAUGCUGCAGUGUCCAACACUUUCCCCAGGUCUUAGAAACAUAGAAUGUUACGGCAGAUAAGAACCAUUCGGCUCAUCUAGUCUGCCCUGCUUAUUGUCGUCACACUGCUUAUUGUAUGUCAGGUAUUUAAUCAUCUCUGGUUUUACUGGUAGGCUAUAAGUCUUAGAUGUAGUAAUGAAUUUGGCAGUCGACAGGUUCAAGUGCAUGGCACUAGAUUUCUCGAAAUUUUAUUUUAUAUCCAGUUAUUGCUCCAAAGUAUUUUAUGGUAUUAACUAAAUAUGGAAGUGAAUCUAUCAGAUCAGUUAUUGUAAGCAGGACAUCAUCAGCAUAUGCCAAAAGUUUAUUAUGAUCCGUGCUUACCUGGAUUCAUUUUAUACUUUUUCAGCGUUCAAUGAUUGCACCUGUGAAGGUGUUCCAUUAUGCUUUGUUACCCAAAUAAAAACCACUGUGUUCCUCAUGUUUUUAAAUAACUGUCUAUUGGGAAUAUAAUCGACUUGGUCAGGAUGUAUUAGUUUCUGAAGUAUGGGUUUGACCCUGGCUGCUAGGGUAUGCGCUAAGAUUAACAUAAUUAUUAAUUAAAGAUAUGGCUCUAUAAUUUCCAAUCUCUUAAGGUCUUUUCCUUCUUUAGGGAUUAGCACUAUAUCUGUCAUCAAUGUUUCCUGUGUAAGGUCUACAUGUCUUAGGAUAUUGAAAAGUUUUGUCUAGUGUGGAAUGAGAGUUUCUCGAAAAGUUUUAUACUAAGGUCCAUGAAACCAUCUGGUCCUGGAGUUUUAUAGUCCUUAAGUGUUGAAAUCGCAUUGGAAAUCUCGCCUUCCAUGAGCUACGUGUCCAAUAAGGAAACUGUUUCCUGUGGUAGGCUUGGUAAAGUAAGGGAGGUAAAAUAUUUGUGUAGAGCCUCCAUGUAGAAGGCAUUAUUUAAAUUAUGUUUCGGAGAGUGAUUGUACAAUUCACUAAAAAAAGUAAAGGCUUUGCAAAGUGAGUCUGUGUCUUAAGGGAGAUUAUAAUUCUAACAGGGUUUGUGACUUUUUCUUCCUUUUCGAGGCUAAACUAAUUGUGUCCUCUCAUGACCGACUUGUGGACUGACCAUAGAGUAAAUAAGGAGAUUUCUCAUUAGGUGUUCUUUGCAAAGUUUGUCGGUAAUUUUUGUGUAACAUCCUCUACCAUAUUCUUAUCUCGCAGCAGAGAGUCAUUUAGGUGCCAUGUCUAUGGUGGUUUGGAUGUAGAUGCUCUAAUGUGAAUCAUAAUAACAGCAGGAUCAGACCAUGUGAUGCUCCCUAUUUCAGACUUGGUUAUCAAAUGUUUCAUGGGUCUGUUCAAGAAUAGGUCUAUGUGAAAAUAUGUAUUGUGUGGAUUGGAAUAGAAAGCAUAAUCUAUGGUGUCUGGGUGAUGUUCCCGGUGUCUGGGUGAUGUUUUCAAUCAGCGCUGGUCUAUGUAUAAAGUGGUAUAAAACAGUUUGUCUUGUCGUCCCAUGCCAUGUGACCAUGGGCACCAUGCCCCUUACUUCUGUGGACAGUGAAACAUGGCCUUGCAUUAAAGUCCCUACCUAUAAUUAGUGGUUCUUGGGAUAUGGGGGCUAGAAGGGUAGCUAUGUCUUUCCAGAAUCGAGUGUUUUGGUGCAUGUAUGGUCAGAAUAUUAAUAUUUAUAUUACCAAUUAUAUCCUUUGAGAGAAUGUAUCUCUCUUCCUUAUCUUGUAUGGUCUGAGAAAUCUGGAUGGCCACUCCAUUUUGCUUUCUGUGAGUCAGAGGUAUAUACCGACGUAAAGAUGUGAUCAGGAAGUCAUAUUUUGUCAGUUUUUGGGAUAUAUGUUUCCUGUAUUAAGGCUACAUCAGCUUUUAAUCGUUUUAUAAUCUUCUCUUAUUGGGGGUAUACAACCCUUUUACAUUUAGGGAAACAACUUCAAUAGCUAUUUCGUCUGUAACAGAAUUAUCUGUUUUAUGACUCUGUAUGAUAAUCUACUCGUAUUGGCCGGGUCAAAUGCAUUGCUAUUUUCAUACUCCCCAAAAGUCUCUGACUCUCACCAAACCACUACAGCAUCAUGGUGUAGUAGAUUAUUUUUCUGCAAACCAAUUAGUUUGAAUGACUAUCUGUUCCUGUCCAAAUUAAAGAUAAUAAAGUUGCGUGCACGCAGAAGUAAAUUCACACUGAGACACAGAGUUCAGGUUAAUGAAAGAACUUCGGAAAAGUUUAAUGGCUUCUAACAGAAAAUGGGUGCGCAGACCCUUAUAAAGGCAUUUUUACAUCACUGAAGAAUUCAAGAUAACAGCAAAUAGACACUAUUGAUUGGUCCAGGUGUUAAGUGGUUAGUUAGAUGCCCUCCCAUCCAGAGGUGAUGUCAUCCUUGACACGGGAGUGGACACAAGAUGUAGGCGCCAUCUUGUUAGCACAAGGUGUUCACUCGAUGGGAGGGGUGCUUUGGCAGCCAUUUUGAGUAGUUAGUAUUGUUAGCUUCAAGGUUCUUUUAGUAAAUACACAUUUUAUUAUUCAGCACAUUUCUUCCUGCCAAAGCAUUAGCUUAGAUAAUUUCAAGAAUUCUAUAAUUCUACAACAAUGGGAAGGACUGAAAAGGACAAGGGCAGGUCAAUCUAUAUAUAAAUAUAAAAAUGAGCAUGUAACUAAACUUUAACAUGUUAAGUUUAAUUGCUUGAUGUUUUGGCAUAAACAGCGCAGAUAUGAACACCUGGUCUUAUAAUGCGCCAGGUAAUAUUAAGGGUGCAGUCCCCUCGACUCUUUGUCCACCUUAAAACUUGGACGGUAUCGCGGCCUCCUGAGACAGCCUAUCUCUGUUAUCUGUGUCAAAAGCGAUAGGGUAUAUAUUAUCUUGGUAUCACUGACCCUUCUGUAUGUUCUCCCAAUGGUCUCCCCUUAAAAUCAGUCUCGAACCGCUCGGUCCAUGUAAAUCCGGGCGAGAGAAAGAGAAAAAAAAACUUCUAUCUGUCGAAGGGGAGCUACAUUCUUGUAACAGAAUGUAUUGUCAGACGAUUCUCUAAAAUUUAAAUCCUCUGUUAUACAGGCAUCUAACUGAUACUUGAUGUUUCAUGGCACACCUAAAGUAUCAUAGGGAGAAAAGCUCUUUGUUUCCCUAGCUUGGCCUUAACAUUCAAUAAAUUCUGACAGCUUCAAACUUGGGAUUUGGUUUUCUGCUCAUCAGAGCUGUGGUUUAGUAAGGUUGAAUAGUUUGUCAGCAGCUUUUAAUUAGGUGACUUAUUCAAUAUUCCUUUUCCACAGGCUGCAGAGUUGGUAUCAUUACAUUGUAGUUCAUAUCAUGCUCACAUGAAGAGUACUCGGGAUUACCUGGAACAGAAAUUAAAGGUGAGGAAAAACAGUGUGUGGCUUGUGUAUGUGUAAAAUGCAUGCCAAUGAAUGCAAGAAAUCACACAAUAAAAGAUGUGCAAGAUAACCUCUCAGGGAUUAUUGUUGCUGUGAUCUUGGGUAUUCAAAUUUGUUUUUGUAACACCAUACAGAGCAUGUCACUCAGAUAGGUGUUUAUAAUUAGUUUUGCUCACUAUAGUACUUGCACAACAUUUAAUUUUAAAAGUACUCGUCGAGGUCUGUAAUAGUUAAUUGAUUUAUUAUUUCUUCUCCUUUUAAUUCUGGGAAGACUGCGUUUUUUUUGUAUUUAAUAAAGAUUCUAUAGUACUCAAAAGCAUAAAUAAUUUUACAUUUCAUAAGUAAAGAAAUUUGCAUGUUGAUUCUAAUUUAUUUGCUGGAAAUGGCAGCAUCUCUCCUGAUCCAGUUUGGCACCCACAAUUAGCAUAAUUUUCAAUAAAAAAACAAAUCUAUAAAUGCAGAUUAUUUCAAAAGACUACUAGGGUUAAUCACUAAAGUGUAAAUUGUUGGUAAUUCAAAGUCAAUUUCAAAUUUUGGGUAUAACGAUUUAAAUUCACUUGGAAUUCCUGAUAAUUCACAUCUGAUUGAAUAAUCCUGUACCGUUAAAGUUGUGCUCCAUGCAGGAGCGUAACUUGGGGCAUUUGGCACCUGGGGGGGAUCCUGGGCAUGGCACCCCCUCACCCAUCCCCUCCCCCCGCCCCCCCAAAAAAACCUGUAACAUUUUUUAAAUGUUUUCCUUUUUUUUUUUUAUGUAUUGAACAAAUUUGGAAACUUUGCAAAACCGCUGUCAGCCCCCUUCUACAAAACCCUUGUGUGCCCCACCCCCUCCUACAAAACCCCUGUCCCGCACCGUCUACAAAUCCUGUAUUGCCCCCGUCUACAAAACCCCUGCAACCCCCAUCUACAAAUCCCCUUAUAAAGACUCCUGUCCCAAUACAAAACCCCUGCCCCCUUCUACAAAAUACCUGCAGCCCCACACACACAUUUACAGGCAGACAGUCACACACACAGUCAGGGUCGCCAUCAGAAAUUGUGGGGCCCGUAGCAAAGCUCAAGGUCUGGGCCCCCGGGUGCCCACCUCCAAAUCCUGCCCACAGGAAUACACACACACAGACAGACAUAAAAGGACACAGACACACACACAGAAAGAUACACACAUACUAACAGACACAAAUACUUAAACAGACAUACACACAUAUAGACACAUGCAUAAGGAGAUACAGAUACACACACAUACACACACACUGACGUACAUACAAACCUCCCCUUCUUUUAAGUUUGUACAAUAAUUUUCUCGCUAUGCGGUCUCUCUUAUCAUUCCAAAUAAGCCUGCCAAUGCAGUCUGUAGGCUGUCAAGGUACAUUUUAGUGACCGAUAUUGUGAGGGCUUGAAAUAAGAAGAAAAGGCGGGGGCAAUAAAUGUAAUUUUAAUUGAAUGCACUCUGACAAGCCACACAGAUAUAUACAUACACAGAUACAUACAGACAUACUGACAUACACACACACACACAGACAUACAUGCAUACUGACAAACAUACUGAUAGAUAUAUAUAGAUAGAUAUAUACAUACUGACACACACACAGACAUAUAUACAUGCAUACUGACAUACAUGCAUACUGACAGACAUACAUACACGCAUACUGACAUACAUACACGCAUACUGACAUACAUACAUGCAUACUGACAUACAUGCAUACUGACAUACAUACACACACACAUACAUGUCAUGUGUGUAUGUAUGAUGUUUCAAGUAGCCUCUCUCAUUGUAGCAGUAAAGCAGGUGUAUUUUCUCACUUCAUGUCCAUGAAUGUGUCCAUUGAGAGACACACUUGAAGAGAUUAAAAAUCCAUCUCCAACCCCAUCCUUUAUCUCUUGGCCUAGAUCACUUUCACAAUGCCUACAUAUUUCUAAAACAGGAAAAGGUAUACAAAAUGCAUUUGACUUGUUUCUACAUAAGGACUUAAAUUUUAUUCUGUCAUUGGUAGAAUGCAAAUACAUUUCAUUGAAAAGAGAAAAUAAGACACAGCAUAAAACAGAGCGUCCUUGUGAAGUAUCGCAAAUACAGAGGUAAGAGAAUGCGAACCAGCAAAGUUAGAAAAGGCCUACACAGACAUACUGACAAACAGGCAUACAUACAUACUCAUCGUGUGGCCCUAAAUGCUUGGGCCACCUCAUGGGCCUGGGUGCAGAUGCAUGAUGCAGUUUCGCCGCUCCACAUGGGGCCUGGGCACACAGUUACAGGCAUACAGUCACACACAGUUAUAGGCAGACAGUCAGAGACAGUCAUGCACACAGUUACAGGUAGACAAUCACAUAUACAUUCACACACACACACGCUCACAGGCAGACAGUCACACACACACACACACACACACACACACACACACAGUAAAAGGCAGCAGCCGGCAGUCACAUGCACACAAUCACAGACAGAAAGUCACACACGGUUACAGGCGAUAUCAAACAGUCACAGGCAGACAGUCACACAUACAUAGUCACAUGCAGACAGUUAUACACACAGUCAGUUACAGGUAGUCACACAGAGUCAUAGCCAGGCAGUCACACACACAGUUAUUGGCAGACAGUCACAUAUACAGUCACACACACAGUCACAGGCAGAGAGUCACACAUCACAUACACAGUUAUAGUCACACACACAGUUACAGGCAGACGCACACACACACACACAGUUACAGGCAUGCAGUCACACACACACACAGUUACAGGCAUGCAGUCACAAACACAGACACACAAAUACAUACACCGUUACAGGCAGACACACACAUGCAGACAGACACACAUACACAGUUACAGGCAUGCAGUCACACACACACACACAGUUACAGGCAGACAGACAGACACACACAGUUACAGGAAGACCAUUUUACAGACACAGUCACACACAGACUAUUACUUACAGACAGGAGCUGGAGGAGGAGUGGAUUCACUGGAGUCCUCCUGAAACCUGUUAGAUGGAGAGGCAGGGAUUCCUUCUUGCUGCACCUCCAUGUGCAGCAGUAACAGCAGCGGGUAAGGGCUGUAUUAAGCUCUGCCCCCGUCGCCGAUUUGACUCCGCCCCGAUUCUGCUUACUCCCAACCCCCACUUUCCUUCCAUGCGGCCAGUUCAGCUGCUUCUUGCAUGUGUGGGCUGUUCUGGCCGCACGGCACCCUAACUAACAUGGGGGGGUUCUGUGCGGCAGUACAGCUCACACAGCCCCCACACCAGGGUCAUGGCACCCCCUACCCAGUGGCACCCGGGGCGGCCACCCCCUCCACCCCCCCACCCCCCCUUAGUACGCCACUGGCUCCAUGUUCUAAUUUUGGUUUUCUGAAGUGUAUAUUCUUAGAUUUAACUGAAUUGACAACUGAUUAGUAGAUAUUACACAGCUUUCCUCUGUUUUCUGGCCGACCAAGGUUGUAAGGCCUCUAAGAAGAAAUUGCAGUGGUGCCAACCCUCAGUGAUCUUCUUGGGACAUUGUCUUUCUCUGUUAUACCCGGCACCUUACUAGGGACAGAGUGCGGGGUAUAACAUCUCUCUGUCCUCCAUCAGCUCACAAGCCCCUCCAUGCCUUCCUGGGUCUUCUCUCUUACUGCAGAGCCUGGAUUCCUGAAGCCUCUACCCUCAUGCAGCCUCUCUACGAUGCCCUCAAAACUGAACCAUUUACUUUAUCUCCUGAAGCCCUUACCAGCUUGUUUGCAUUACGACGUACUGUUGUUUCUGCUCCUGCACUGGGCCUUCCCAAUUACCAGAAGCCCUUCAAGCUCUUUGUCUACGAAAAGAUGGGUCAUGCAUCUGGUGUUCUCACACAGUCUCAUGGGUCUCGUCAGCGUCCAAUAGGGUAUUACUCCUGUCAGUUGUAUCCAGUGGCCAGAGGAGGACCCUCCUGUCUUUGGGCUGUGUUUGCAGCAAGUGCUCUACUGGACAAGACAAAUUACCUAAUUCUUGGUCACAAGCUUACCAUUCUCGCUCCCCAUGAUAUUUCUGCAAUACUCAAUCAAGUUCAGUCUAAACAUCUUUCUACACAGAGACAUCUUCAUCUCCAAACGACUUUAUUGUUACCCGAUAAUGUCUCUUUACAACGAUGUUACGCUUUGAAUCCUGACACUCUUCUGCCACUUCCCAAGGGGGUAGUACUACACUAUUGGUACAGUCUGGACAUAGAUCUUGAUGUCUUCUUUGAUCUGGAUGUCCAUAUGCCCACAGUACCACACGAUAAACAGCCAUCUCCUCUAUGGCAUUGCACUUUGUGGUUCAGAGAUGUUCCGGGGCCUGACCCUCAGUAUGAAGAAGAACUGUUUCAGUUGAUUGAAGUACGUCUCACUUUGACAGACAUGUUCUGUGAUACAAAAGCCAACACUGUGGUUUAUGUCUAAUUACCCACAGAAGUGUCUCAUAUGUACCACCAUUAGGAGAUGGCAGUUCCUCAUGUCUCUAUUACUAAAUCUCCAGAUAUCUCAUGGAAGGAACUUGGUCCAUUAGCCAAAGCAUGGAGUACAACAGAUCAAGACCAAUUCUCCACAGAAGGUGUUACCAAGCGAACUGUGAAUUGUAAGACUACUGGUUACCCGCAACAUCACACAGAAAUAUGUGAAGAUGCCCCUCCCAUAGAUCCUGACCCAGAUGUCCCCCAUGACUGUUUUGAACAGAUGAAGAUGGAAACAACCCAUCUUCCCACAGUACAUGAAACGGCUUUGCCAGAUCCUAACUGCACACUGUUUGUGGAUGGCUCCAGAUUUGCAGAUGAACAAGGAAGAUACCACACUGGAUUUGCCAUAACCACAGUGGAUCAGGUACUUCAAGCAUCCCCACUUCCCCCGUCCAUGUCUGCUCAAGAAACUGAACUAAAAGCUAACUCCUCCCCCACUUCCUUUGUGUAACUAACAGCUCUGUGCCACGUGUAACAAAAUGGAGAAUCGCUAUUAAAGUAACUGUUUCCCCUUCAGCCCCUCUCUGUUCAGUAACUACUCACUCCCCCUCCCAUUGUGUAACCAAAAUGGAGCUGGAAUGUGGGUGGGAGAACUCUGUAAUGAUGACAUUACAUCCUGUAGGGUGGGUUUAGACAAGACCCCUUAGACUGUUAAACAAUUGUUGAAUGUAUACUUUGUUAACUGUGACUCUGUACAUGACGUAUUUCUGCUUUAAAAGGGGCUCCUACUCUGUGGAAUAAAGCAUUCCUCAGGUUUUUCACUAAUCAGAAACUUUGUUUCCGGUGUGAAUUACUUCUAGGAAAAGCGUGCACGCAAUUAAUUAAUCAAUAUAAAAAAGGAGUAGAUAGACAAAAAAUCAAACGCUUGAUUUGAUCCAAAACAUUAGGUGUAACAGGUUAUAGCGUGAUCGGGUGUCCGGCCUAGCCGGAGUUUGCGUGGAGGACUACAAGAGUCCAUUGCGCUAUCAGUCGUGAUAUAGGGUUAUCGUCUGCCAGUGGGUAGCCACAUGUUCGCAGUGCCCCUUGGGAAAGUCUUGGGAGUACGGUUAUUGUUUGCUAGGGAUUUGGGGGGUACUGGGAAGUGGUGCUUGGUGUUGGGCCUGAUGGUGCAUGUUUGACUGGUCUAGGCGUACUCAAUUUUUGCCGUCCUGGGUAGGUCGGGGUCCCCACCCGCAUUGCUGGUUAUUCAGCGAACCUAGGGUAUUAAUUCCCAGGUCGUUAGGGGAGAGAGGGUGAGUAGGGACCUUGCGGGUACUUCGUCUGGGAAGGGAGUAAAAAAAGAUAUUGUGAACCCUUCGUCGGGAUAAGCCGCUGUGCUGCUGUCGCGUGUUUCCACAUUGCCCUCUGGUUGAAUGUGGAUUUGUUUUUAAAUACAUUUUAAACUAAUUUUUAUCUUUUGCAAAUUUGUUUGAAAUGUCAACUUGUACAUAAAAUUAAGUAGGGACUAUUUUGUUUUAUGUAUAAUUACUGAAAAGGAAAAAACUGUGAAAAUUACUGCUUUCAAGUUUUAUAAUGUUAACAUGAUCAAAAAAAAACUAUACACUUCACUGUUCUUUUUACGCCCUCCUCAUUUGAUCAAAACUUGUGUAUAGUAUGUGUUGGCUGACCUCAGGUUUACUUCCAUUUAGUUACAAAAAUGUGAAUCGGCUUCCCCAUGGUGUAACAAGAAAAAAAAGCCCAUAGAGUAAAUCAGCCUUUAAUUUGCAUAACAAAAAUAUGCAUGAUGUUGCUUUAUAAUCUCUCCCUCCCCCCCAAAAAAAUAAAAAAACAAAGAAAAAAAUACUAAAUAUAUAGACACAAGCAGGAGAAUUGUACUAUGUCAAAGCAAGAGACAAAAAAACUCUUAACAAAAAAAUGUUAAAAGGGUCACAUUACAAUUCUAUGAAAUAAAAAUAAACAUUUUCUGGGACACAAUGUUAGUUCAGCUGUGUCAAUACUCAUUAAGAGUCCCUAUAUGCUGACCCAAUGCUCUCUGCUCAAUACAUAGAGAAGGUUAGAGUCUUUUAACCUUGAUGUAUAAAUAAAUUGUUUCUUAACUUACAGACUGUGUUUGGUGACCGGAUCCGAUUUAACUCUCACUUUCCUGGGACAGAGCGACUUCCGAACACCUGCAGUGUAUCACUCCUGAAACCAUCCAUCCUUGGUAACCCUAUUCCACAUCAAUCCUUUUUAAAAUCAUUUUUUUAAUGUAAUUAAUAUUAUUAGAUCAAUAGUUUUCUUAAGAUGUGAUUAAAAUAAAAAAACAGUUUGUGCCAAACAUGUGGUUUGUUUCUGUUACCUCCUGGUUGGCUAGCUCGGUGGAGCUAAACUCGAGAGACAAUAAAAUUGCCCAGUGCACCUGCCUUGCAAAGACUUUUAAUUGAGCUGCAUUGGGAAGUGUGUGAUUGGAUAGCCAUAAAAGGUCUGGACGGGGUUAGAAGGGGAGGGCUUGCAAAGGAAGCAGAGAAGAGAUCUGCAACUUUUGCAAGCUGUUUUCAGAUAUACCCCCAAUAAAAAAAAAAUGUAUCAUUGAAUAUUUAAAAAAAUGUACAAUUAAAUGUUUCCUUCUGGAUAUAUAUACUAAAUUGUUAAACAAAUAUGACUUUAUUCUUUUCACUUUAAAGCCAAAAUUGCAAAACUUGGAAAAAAUCUCCAACUCUGCAAGGACGGUUUUAUCCUGAAUUAUGCAAUCUAUUUACCAUUCACUAUAAUGUGCUCUUCAGUAUUCCUGAAUAAUAAUUAAUACUACGUACUGUAUAUACACUUUAAUCUCUCUACUUCUAGCUGUCCUUGGAGGCGCACUCACAGAUCGUAUUCUUUUGUUUACAGACAAAUUGUUUUUCUUUACAAAGCAUUUGCCGCAUACUGUGUUGAUAAUGAUCAUUGCAUACCUGAUAGUAACUGAGUGUACUAAAUGAAAAACACUGAUUUGCAUUCUAGAAGUAUUUCAAAGAACUGAAUGUGCAUCAGUCCACUUGAAGAACAUUAGCUUAAAGGUAUUCCUUCUCAUCAGGGCCACCAUCAGGGGAGCGGCGAAACUGCCGCACGUGCAUCUGCACCUGGGCCCAUCAGGUGGCCCAAGCAUUUAGAGCCACACGUUGAGCCCUAUAUCUACAGGGGUCGGUCAGCGCUGUAAUUGCGCAAUCGGGCCCCUUUAAAAAAUUGCGGCCAGUCACUUCCUCACAGCUUACUCCGCGCAGGGGGAGAGGGAGAGCAGAGCAGAGGACAAGACACCAGAGGCAUCCGCUCCCAUCAUCCCCAGCCACCCUCCUGGAACUUAAAGGGAAGAGGAGGGUGGCUGAUAAAUGAGGGAUUUGUCUAUAUAUGUAUGUGUCUGCAUGUAUGUAUGUAUGCCUGUUUGUCAGUAUGUCUGUGUUUGCCUUUUCUAACUUUGCUGGUUCGCAUUCUCUUACCUCUGUAUUUGUGAUACUACACAAGGACGCUCUGUUUUAUGCUGUGUCUUAUUUUCUCUUUUCAAUGAAAUGUAUUUGCAUUCUACCAAUGACAGAAUAAAAUUUAAGUCCUUAUGUAGAAACAAGUCAAAUGCAUUUUGUAUACCUUUUCCUGUUUUAGAAAUAUGUAGGCAUUGUGAAAGUGAUCUAGGCCAAGAGAUAAAUGAUGGGGUUGGAGAUGGAUUUUUAAUCUCUUCAAGUGUCUCUCUCAAUGGACACAUUCAUGGACAUGAAGUGAGAAAAUACACCUGCUUUACUGCUACAAUGAGAGAGGCUACUUGAAACGUCAUACAUACACACAUGACAUGUCAGUAUGCAUGUAUGUGUGUGUAUGUAUGUCAGUAUGUGUGUAUGUCUGUAUCUAUGUCAGUAUGCAUGUAUGUCAGUAUGUAUGUCUGUGUGUCUGUCAGUAUGAAUAUAUGUCUGUGUGUGUGUGUGUCAGUAUGUAUAUAUCUAUCUAUAUAUAUAUAUAUAUAUAUAUAUAUAUAUAUCAGUAUGCAUGUAUGUCUGUGUGUGUGUAUGUCUGUAUGUAUCUGUGUAUGUAUAUAUAUGUGUGUGUGUGUGUGUAUGUGUCUAUGUCUGUAUGUAUGUAUGCCAGUAUGUAUUUAUGUGUAUGUCAGUUUGUAUGUAUGUCUGUUUGUCAGUAUGUAUGUAUGUAUGUCUGUUUGUGUCAGUAUGUGAGUAUGUAUGUAUGUAUGUCAGUGUGUGUGUCUGUAUGUCAGUGAGUGUGUGUGUAUCUGUAUCUCCUUAUGCAUGUGUAUGUGUAUAUGUGUGUAUGUCUGUUUAAGCAUUUGUGUCUGUUAGUAUGUGUGUGUCUUUCUGCGUGUGUGUCUGUGUAUUCUUGUGGGCGGGAUUUGAAGGCGGGCACCCGGGGGCCCAGACCUUGAGCUUUGUUAGGGGUCCCACAAUUUCUGAUGGCGACCCUGCUUCUCAUGUCUCAUGGCAUGUUUGAUCAUUGCUGAACCUUAUUGUUUUGCAUUUGACAGGUCGUGAGUGGUUGUCUCAAUGUCGCCAUCUUCUGGCUAGUGUUGGAGCUGCUUGUCAUUCUGACCGAGGAGACCGGUAAAGCAUGAACAAUGUUUUCAAAUUGUUGCACCAAAAGUACACUUGAUUCUGGAGCACGAACAAUGUUUUCAAAUUGUUGCUUCAAAAGCGCAUUUGAUUCUGGAAACAGCUGGAAAAACCGUAUUUGUUGAUUUUUUUUUUGAUUUUUUUUUAAACUUUAUUAUUGUAACUUAUAAACAUAGCAAAUUACUGCAAGCUGAUCGAUCUAGCACUAAAAAAAAACACAGGAACAUUGUUAGCAGUGGUAUAAACCCCUGGAAGUAGAGAUCCUGAUAUGUGUUUGUUGCAGAGAAUAUCACUUAACACUUCAUGACUUCCUCUUACAUGCAUAAGCUUUUGAAAUAUUGAAUUUUUAGAAUUGAGUUUUAAGAGCUGGUAGAUCUACAGAUUCAAAUUCCAUGUUAUGUUGUUUCAUGUUUUACCAUAUUGUUGCCGUAAACAUUUUACAAAUUUAUAAAGGACUAAUGAGGUCCACACCAGGAUUAAUCUCUUAAAAUGUGGCUGCUCCCAAAAAUUGUUCCUAAAAUAGUUAUCAUAGUGUGGGCCUCUUGUUUGCCCUGUACAUUAAAUGGUGAGCAACAUGGGAUUUCCAAAAAAUUCAACGAUUCAUUGAGCUAGUACGAAUCCGGUCAGAUAUUUGUGUAAAAUGUUUUGAUGUUUCUUCACAGACCGUCUCCUGUGCUCCUGAACAGUGGGGUGCCACUGGUGGCUGCACGUGGGGCAAUACGGCUUAGCGUUGGCAGAGAAACCUCUCGGGACGAUAUCGACAUGAUCGUGAAAGACCUUGAGCAAGCAGCACAGUGUCAUGAAGACAAGGAAACCAAGAAAGGAGACAUAUUGGAUACAGAGAAUCUCAUUGCACAGUAGGGUGUGGUGAUUGUAAAUCUAUGAAUGAAAAUAGGAAGUACGUACAAGGACAAAUAUUUCAGGGAAACACAAAUUAACUGUUUUUUUUGUUUGUUUGUUUGUUUUUUAAAUUAUGAUAUUUUUGGACCAAAGAGAAUGGAAAAAAGAAAAAAAAAAGAUGGAAGCCCCCUUUAAGUUAAAAAAUGAAAACUCACAUAUUCAGGACAUAAUUAAACAUGGGGAAAUUUGAGUAAAGUAAUAUCAGGAACAAAUGACUUAGUCCAGAAUAGAUUCUUGCAAACACUGAGCACUGGAUUUAGGCACUCAUGUAAACAGGUCCUGAGCAAGAUCAGGGUAAAGGUCAGAAGAUCAUUAGUCCCUAGAUCACACGUGAAGUUAUGCACUUAAUUAAAGCUGUCUCUUGCUAAAUAAAACGUGUGUGGGAGAGAAAGCUGUACACUUUUUAUUGCAUAUUGUUCUGCCUUAAAUAUUUUAAUGCAAAUAUUGCUGUAUCUGCUUUUAUGUAAUGCUAUAUUUUCAAGGUAAUAAUGUGCUCUACUAACCCAGCGAGUCCCAUGGUACAGAAUGCCAUAUUUCCUUUCACAGGUGAUUAAGUAGGCACAUGAGUGGAGAGUUCUGGGUAAGAAUUUCAGACAUUUAUCAGCUGGUGAAAUGAAAACUGGUUUGGUAUUAAAUGUAGAUAGCAUGUAACAGGUUAGUAGGAAUAAAUUAAAAUACUACAAUUUGCAAAGAAUACACGUUUUUAUAUUCUGUAUCAGUAUUAAAAUCUGUUGUAAUUAUUUUUUGUAUUUUGUAUGUUUUAUCUCCUAUGUGUCAAACACUACUAAUGAGCAUGUUUCUAAAAUUAAAUCUUUGUUUCGCCAGGUCAGAAGCAUUUUAUAUUUUGUGAUGGACACUCACAGGAGACUUUACUCCUCACUCUGAAAGGGAUACAUUAUUUAACAAACUGUAUAUUACUAGAGUGUAUUUUGAAAAGACUCUGUAAGUACAUUUAUUAUUUACAUGCAAACUUGCGAACACGCCUUAUUAGACCGAAGCCAUAAACCACACAGAAAUUUCCUUUAGCCAUAAGACAAUAACAGGUAACAGACACUGUACAUUUCCUUAAUCAUUAAUGGACAUUAGAACUAUAUUGAUGUCCUUGUAUCGAAGGACAUUACACCUGUGCGAGCCAGGCUCACUAAGGUGUUUGCUGUUAAUCAUUUUGUCUUGGAAGUAAUAGCGAUAAUUCCAUGGAUACCUGUUUAGCAAUGGCAUGCAUUCUCCAUAGUCCUUACUUACAUAAAUUAAACACAAGGGCAUUUUUUAUCACUGGAAAUAAUUAACAAAUGGGUCAAACAGCAAAUCGGUGAACGAUUUUACAAGCAACUACCUUUUCUCCUAUUAUAUAGAUUUUUUUUGAUUGUUUUUAGCAAAACUUUUUUUUCCGUCUUUU